CCCCCAUCGCCAUGGAGGAGCGGAGGAGGAAGCGCAGCCCCCGGCGCUGCCCGGCCCAGCCGCUGCCCCCCAGCAGGAGCUCGUCCUUCCCGCUGCCGAUGCCAGCCCUGCCCUCGCCCCGGCAGCGCGCCCGGCUCCGGCGGACGAGCAAGGAGCGGGUGCGCAGCAGCACGGCGGUGGCGCGGGGGGCCCCGCUGCAGCACAGCUUCCUCACCGACGUGUCCGACGUGUGCGAGAUGGAGGGGGGGCUGCUCAGCCUCCUCAGCGACUUCCACUCGGGAAAGCUGCAGGCCUUUGGGAAGGAGUGCUCCUUCCAGCAGCUGGAGCACGUGCGGGAGAUGCAGGAGAAGCUGGCGCGGCUCCACUUCGGCCUCGAUGGCUGCGUGGAGGAGCUCCCCGAGGAGCAGAAGAAGGCGGCGGCCGACCGGAACCUGGACCAGCUGCUGGCACAUCUGGAGGAGCUCAGCAGCUCCAUUCAGAAGCUGCACCUGGCCGAGAGCUCCGACCCCGAGGACUCCGCGGCCUGACCCCGCGCCCGGCCCGGCCGCUGGAGACCCCGCGGCAGC